AGCGGGUUUGAGCGCGGUAACUGUUAAAUAAGUUAGCUUUCUGGUUGUAUUUUGCCCGUUUGUUUGACAGGUCUUGGUCUUCAACGGUCGGUUAACGGCUAAACGCUGACGCUAGGCUAAUUAUCUGCUGCCGCUCCGUCGGCCGUCGCGUUUGUUCUGCUUUGUUUUUCGGCUCCGACCGCAGCGUUUUAGGAAGAGUACAACUGCAAAAGAAGGAGCGGAAACGGUUGCGAAAACUACCCUGUAACUGGAGAUGUGUUGUCAUUUUUACUGUCCAUGAUGAACCGGGGCGAUAGGACCAGCAGCUGUAUGUGGGGUGUCCAAGCCUGCCGCUGUUCAAGCUAAACACGUCCUAGAUUUAGUUUUUUAUUAAAUGCAGGGUAAAUAAGGCGAAGACUGGUCGGUGACAAUGUUUCAGUUCAGGGUGAGCUGGUUUCGGAGGCACAGUGACAGAGGAUUUGGAGGAAUGGAAAACCCCGGAUACUGCACCGGGAGCUUCGACGGCCUUCAUCACCCCAGUGACGAUGAUGAUGAUGAGAUGGUGGACAUUGCGGGAGCCACACUGGACUUCUCCUCCACGGACGACGUCCCUCCUCUCAGCACAGGAGGUUAUGAGGAGUACAGCAGCAGCAGCAGCAGAGCAGCCGGUAUGAACGGUAACGGUCCCAGUAAGCUUGUGGACCCGCUGGAGGACCCGCUGCCCGGAGUGGGCACCUACGAGGACUUCAACACCAUCGACUGGGUCCGAGAGAAGAGCAAGGACCGCGACAGACACAGAGAGAUCACCAAUAAGAGCAGACAGUCGACUGUGGCUCUGCUGCACAGCGUCAGCGAUGCCUUCUCUGGAUGGCUGCUCAUGCUGCUGGUGGGACUCAUGUCAGGUGCUCUGGCCGGUGGCAUCGACAUCGCAGCCCACUGGCUGACGGACAUGAAGGGCGGCGUGUGUCUCAUCGGCUUCUGGUUCAACCACGAGCACUGCUGCUGGAAGUCCAACGAGGCGACGUUCCAGGACCGGGACCGGUGUCCGCAGUGGCAGAGCUGGGCCGAGCUCAUAACAGGAACAUCAGAGGGUGCAUUCGCUUACAUAGUGAACUACCUGAUGUACAUCUUCUGGGCUCUGCUCUUCUCUUUCCUGGCCGUCACACUGGUCAGGGCCUUCGCUCCAUACGCAUGUGGCUCAGGAAUACCAGAGAUUAAAACCAUCCUGAGCGGGUUCAUCAUCCGUGGCUACCUGGGGAAGUGGACCCUCAUCAUCAAGACCAUCACCCUGGUUUUAGCCGUCUCCUCUGGGCUCAGUUUAGGAAAGGAGGGUCCGCUGGUGCACGUGGCCUGCUGCUGCGCUAACAUACUGUGUCAUCUGUUCACCAAAUACCGCAAGAACGAAGCCAAGCGGCGAGAGGUACUAUCAGCAGCAGCAGCAGUCGGCGUGUCUGUGGCUUUCGGUGCUCCCAUAGGAGGAGUCUUGUUCAGCCUGGAAGAAGUGAGUUAUUACUUCCCUCUGAAGACCCUGUGGCGUUCGUUCUUCGCCGCCUUGGUCGCAGCCUUCACCCUGCGCUCCAUCAACCCGUUUGGAAACAGCCGCCUGGUGCUGUUCUACGUGGAGUUCCACGCCCCGUGGCACCUUGUGGAGCUGGCCCCUUUUGUCCUGCUGGGGAUUUUCGGAGGCCUCUGGGGGGCGCUGUUCAUCAGGGCCAACAUCGCCUGGUGCAGGAGACGUAAAACCACUCGUCUCGGUCACUACCCCGUCAUCGAGGUGCUGGUGGUCGCCGCGCUGACCGCCCUGCUCGCCUACCCCAACAGUUACACCAGGAUGAGUGGAGCCGAGCUCAUCUCCGAGCUGUUUAACGACUGCUCCCUGCUCGACUCCUCUCAACUCUGCGGUUACAAACAGCCAGCAAAUACAUCAGAAACAGGUGUAGGUAACAGCCUAGCAGACCGGCCAGCAGGAGCAGGCCUGUACACCGCUCUGUGGCAGCUGGCCCUCGCCUUAGUCUUCAAGAUGAUGAUCACCGUGAUCACCUUCGGCAUGAAGGUUCCCUCCGGUCUCUUCAUCCCCAGCAUGGCGGUCGGAGCCAUCGCUGGCAGACUGCUGGGUGUCGGCAUGGAGCAGCUGGCCUACUACAACCACGACUCGUUCAUCUUUAAAGGGUGGUGCUCGCCGGGAGCAGACUGCAUCACGCCGGGGCUCUACGCCAUGGUCGGAGCCGCCGCGUGUUUAGGUGGAGUGACUCGUAUGACGGUGUCGCUGGUUGUCAUCAUGUUCGAGCUGACUGGCGGGCUGGAGUACAUCGUCCCCCUCAUGGCCGCCACCAUGACCAGCAAAUGGGUGGCAGAUGCUUUCGGGAGGGAGGGAAUCUAUGAGGCUCACAUCCGGCUGAAUGGGUACCCGUUCCUGGAGCCCAAAGAGGAGUUUGAGCACAGCAGCCUGACCGUGGACGUGAUGAGGCCCAAGAGGUCGGACCCAGCGCUGGCCGUGCUCACACAGGAGGGCAUGACUGUGGGGCAGGUGGAGGCCUUGGUGGAGAGCACACACUACAGUGGCUUCCCUGUGGUCGUCUCCCAGGAGUCCCAGAGGCUCGUGGGAUUCGUACUCAGACGAGACCUGCUCAUAUCAAUAGACAACGCCCGGAAGCGUCAGGAGGGCGUCGUCAGCGCCUCCCAGGUGGUCUUCACAGAGCACGCUCCUUCCGUGGCCGCCGAUGCCCCACCUCCACUCCGCCUCAGAGGAAUCAUGGACCUGAGCCCCUUCACAGUCACAGACCACACACCCAUGGAUAUCACUGUGGAUAUUUUCAGGAAACUGGGGCUACGCCAGUGUCUAGUUACACAUAACGGGAGGCUGCUGGGAAUCAUCACUAAAAAGGACAUACUGAAACACAUGGCGCAGAUCGCCAACAGAGACCCCGACUCCAUCCUCUUCAACUGAACCUCCUCAUCCGUCCUCCUCAUGCUUCCAUCCAUUCCUCUGAAGACCAGGGGAUAAGACAAGAAGACACCAGCUUGUACAGUCGAACAAAAUGCACCUUUACCUCUGUUUAGAGAAAGCCAAGUAAGUCCAGCUCCAUUUGCACAGAUGACGAGAGAAUACGAUUUUUUUUUUUUUUUUUUUUUUUGUCUUUUAGUAAGUCAGAGGUGUUUUUGGCUUUCUGUAAGACGCUCCGAAACAAUGAUUCAUCUGGCCCCAAUUUCAUGUUUGACCCAGAAGGAUGUAGGACAGAUUCACAAGAGAAAUAAGUCAAUGGAAUAUUUCACAUCCACUCCUUUUGGCUUUUUCUAUUCUUCUCUUUUCAAAAAAGAGAUGGACUCCCCUCUCCUCCAUUGGCCAUCAUGUUUCUCUGCUACACCUGAGAGAGAAAAAAAAACAUUUAGCGGGAGGUGAGAACAGAUAAUCCUCUGUCUCAAGUGGAGACGAGGCAGAGGAGGAGGAGGGAAUAAAGACAUCGGGGGAAGAUAAAGAGAUGUUUGGGAAGCUUCGUACCUGCCCUCUGGCCGUCAGAGCGAGCCCAGACAGAGCACUCUGAGCUGGAGCUGAUGGAUGCUCGGACACCUCCCCUCCUCCUUCCCUCCCUCCCUCCCUCUGCGAGGUUUCCUGUAGCCCCGGGGUGAAGGAUACAGGAGUGUGAGAAGAGGAUCUAAUACGCACACUCCAUAAAGACUCCAUGACAGCCUGGGAACCCACCACAAACGUCUUCUUUUUGGUCACAUAGACGCUUGAGAUUUGUGAUACGGCGUGAGACUCCAGCCUGGGAACUAUGCAGUGUUGUUUUGCCAUACAGACUCUCAGACUGGCAACAUGACAAUCAUACUCAUAAAAUUUACACAUACAUACAUAGACAAUGCUGCAAAAACCAUGUCAUGCCUUAUGGAAGAGUCGAAGUACUUCUAGGCUUCCAUGGAAGGGCUACAAAACACAAAAAAGAGAGAAUCAUGACACAUAAAUUAAUUUAUGUAAAUGUAAAAUUGUUUGUCCAACUAAAUUAUUUCACUGUCUUA